AUGGAUGCCCUUCGCUCCGCCCUCCAACCCAUCACCCACAAUCUCCCCAAGCCCAUUGCGGACCUGGGCGAGUCUCUCCUCGGCCCCGUCUGCUACCAGACCCUUCUGCACGACAUCGAUCUUACCAAAACCGAAUGUGUCAAGCUCGCCGUCUCGAAGGGCCUUGGAAUCGGCAUCAUCGGCGCGUCCUCUAUCGUCAAGAUCCCGCAGCUGCUCAAGCUGCUGAACUCGCAGUCGGCAGAAGGCCUCUCCUUUCUGUCGUACGUUCUCGAAUCUGGCGCUUACCUUAUCUCGCUGAGCUACAACGUUCGCCAUGGUUUCCCCUUUAGCACGUACGGCGAGACGGCGCUUAUCCUAGUUCAAAACAUCGCGAUCGCGUCCCUAGUACUCAACUACAGCGGCAGGCAGCCCGCAAUCGCAGCAUGGAUCGCUGGCCUGGCUGGUGCUGGGUGGCUCCUGUUCAACGAGAACCAGGUCAAUGAGGCAAACCUCAGUCUGGCCAUGAGCGCCGCAGGCAUUCUGGGUGUUGCCAGCAAGGUCCCGCAGAUCUUGACCAUUUGGUCUGAGGGUGGUACUGGCCAGUUGAGCGCUUUCGCUGUCAUUAAUUACCUCCUGGGUUCGCUCACGCGCAUCUUCACUACGCUCCAAGAAGUCGAUGACCCGCUCAUCCUCUACGGUUUCAUUGCGGGGUUCGCGCUCAACCUAGUCCUGUUCUUGCAGGUCGUGUACUAUUGGAACGCGCCCACAUCGAAGAACACCGAGAGCAAGAAGCUCAACAAGCCCGUUACGCCAGCUGUCGCAGCAAACAAGGAAGAGAUGAAGCGCGCCGUGUCCAGCGGUGCCGCACCCAGCUAUGCAAACGUGGCCGGCAAGAGCCCCAGCACCAGGCGCAGGGGCUAG